AUGGAGACAAUUUACACACAACUACGACCGGACGUCGAGGAGUCAGUUGAAUGCUGGGACGACGACGACGAUCUACAAUUCAACGAGGAUAUUCAGUUCCGCACUGCGUCUAGUGCAGGCUCCAUAACAAACUCGUCAUUUCGACCCUCUGGCCACCGAGACUCCAUAUCAUCGAGACGCUCUGCCCGCUCAGACCUAGAGUCCAACGCCGGCGACGAGGACUGGCAGGUCCCGCUUUAUGAUCAUGACGAGUUCGCCAAAGAGGAGGCCAUUGCAUCCGCCAAAACCGCCGGAAUUCCCAUCCCUUCCAAUAUCCCGAAGUCGGCACUCAUUGGGGGUACAAUUAAGCGCUUGUCAAGUCGGAAAACCAGGAAAACCUUUGUUGACGACUGGUCAGAGGAUAUUGAGCUUCCUGGUCCAGAGACCGUUCUGAGACUCCAGACCCAUGAAACCGUGUUUCCGGAUUCUAUCGGAUUGCUCGGUUCCGUGGCUACCAGUCCAGUGAAACCCACUAUCUCAACACCAUGGAAUGCAGAGAUCUCUACCCGGCUUCAAUCUGCCCUGGGGGCAUUUGGUGACCUCGACGGAGAGACUGAGGGCCUAGAAUUCCCCGACGCUCCAACCCUCAAAGCCCCAACUCCUCGGUCUCCUCAAAAGAUUACGCCCGUCGAAGUGAAUCAGGAGACAGAAGAUGACUUUAACCAGGAUUUUGAGCUCCCCGAACAUCACCAACCUUUAGAACUAUCUCACCGAAAAGAAACCAACGGCGCCUCCACUCCCACCCUGGAUGACUUUGACCUUGAAUGGUCCGAAGGCAGUAUUGGCGUUCGAGUUGGAGGAACCGCUAGAGAUGGCCGGUCGCUCCCCAGCUCUUCCAUAUCGAUUGCUAGUCCCAGCGUCUCCAGCUGUCUGACGGCAGAGAGCGGGGAUGAUGGGCUUGAUGGCAUUGUUCUUCCCGACGGUCCUCUUGAUUUCAAUGCUUCUCUUCGAAAACGACAAUCAGCGCAAGAUGAAAACGGCGAGAUAGAAGAGAAGACGAUCCAUGCUCCCCCGGAUGUUGAUGACUUUUUCUCUGGAAUUGAAGUCGACGGCGAGAAAGCUUUCUCAUUUGGUAAACCAGACUUGAACCCCAACAUAAAACGCAAGACGGAACAACCAUCCAGCCCAACUCGUCGGUCAGCGACAACCCUGACAUUCACUAGUACGACGGGAUCCCCAAGGACGCGCAUCCCGCGACUAUCAGGCCAUGAGCGCACACAUUCCACACAUCUUGAAACCGUGUCAGAAAGCGGUGCUCCUCUCUUCAGGUUCAGGACAUCACAAUCCCGGCUUGGGCAUUCGUCACAGUCGUCAACCUCGAGCCUUCCGGUGUCUAACUCUAGCGCAACCUCUCCAACUCCUUUAACUUCUGCUCGACGGGUCCUGGGAUCACGAACUUCUCGAGACUCUACUCUCGUUGAUGAGAUCAAUCCUUCGGCUCGACGUCUAAAACCCAAGCGAUCUCUGCCCUCAAUCCGCGGUGUCGGGUCAGGUUCGUCGGUGCAAACCUCUCAACGAGCACCAGUCGAUCGUCCUAUUCGCAUCCCUACUGCCAGACCUAAAACACCGGUGGAGCGUGUCAUCCACGAUGGACGAUCACUGACUCGUAGAACUCAGGCGCCGUUUAUGCCAGCUGGUGUCUCAGAGACUCAGUCGCAUAAUGCCAGUGUGAAGGGGUAUCGGACCUCACGUCGCACGAACUCUGAUAGUUCUAGUGGCCUCUUGAGUCCACCAAACUCAUUCUCUCGUCUGAGCAGGUCAAGCCAACAUGAAUCCCUCCGUGCUGGCCCUAGUGAGACAGGCACUCAUUCCGCUGGCCACGCCUCAAAACGAACCAUCACCAAACCCACCAAGAGACGCAAUUUUGGCGAUGGAUCAGAGUUGGAAUCUUUUGAUGAUCUAUCUACAUCGGUCUUCGCAGAAAGCAAGUUUGUCAAAACUCCUACGGGCCGAGGCGCUCCGAGAUCUGUCAGGAACAAGCUCAGUCAGAGCCGAGCUGAUCUGACUCAUGGUGAAUCACCUCCCCAGCCGGUGACGUCUCCCUCAGCUUCCAAAUUGCGCAGUCCAACACCGAGGUUUGCCCAAGAUACCAAUGCUUCCCGGAAUGCCAGGGAACAACGCAUUGCUUCUAUGGCUAUGAGCUCGAAAGCCCGUGAAACAGGCUCUAUCUCGAGCUUCAACUCGGGUUGGAAGCCACAGCCAAUCUCACGGAUUCCUCCGCCAGCCGCUGCAACAAUCCGAAGCCGCAAAGGUAAACCGAGCUCCAAAUCGAUGACCAAGCCCCAUUUGAUCAAACCGAUGGGGAGUGGCGUCCAGGAUGCUAAAUCCGUGAGGGGCAUGCGCUACAAUCCCACCACGUUUCGGUGGGAAGGAAAUGAAAACCAGAUCCCUGAUUUCGAAAUCAGUGCUCCGAAAUCGCCCAAGCCUGCACCGGCGCUUAUCACCAACGUCGGCACGAUGCAAAACGUUCAAACCGUCGGGGGAUGUGCUGAGGCUGGAGACGAAGAUGACGUGUUUGCAGGCCUCGCUGAUCUGGAAGAUACGGUCACAAGCAGCACUAUCCAUGGGCGAAAGUCCGGGGUGUUUGAGGACCCCAGCCACGUGACAGGGGAAGACGGCAGUGGCGGUGAUUCUUCAGAUGAAGGACCUAUGACUGAGGAAUUUGAUGUUGGCCCAGAGUUUAUCCGACGACAACGGGUCGAAGAAGAAAAGUGGAGGCGGAAGGUUGACAAGUGGGUUGGUUUUGAUCGCGAUGAUCAAGCGAACCAUUGGAGAUGGAUCAUCCGCGAUUUGGUAGGCUUUGAUAACAAUUCAUUGGCCUGA